AUGAAAAGGCAAAAUCAAAGCUCUGUGGUUGAAUUCAUCCUCCUGGGCUUUUCUAACUUUCCUGAACUCCAAGAGCAGCUCUUUGGGGUUUUCUUGGUUGUCUACCUGGUGACUCUGUUGGGAAAUGUCAUCAUUAUAGUCAUCAUCUCCUUGGAACAGAGCCUCCAUGUGCCCAUGUACCUGUUCCUCCAGAACUUGUCUGUGGUGGAUAUGCCAUCAGCCACUGGGAGGCAAAAGGCCUUUUCCACCUGUGCCUCCCACCUCACAUCUGUGACCCUCUUCUAUGGCACGGCCAAUAUGACUUAUUUACAACCGAAAUCUGGCUACUCCCCAGAAACCAAGAAGCUGAUGUCAUUGUCUUACUCACUUCUUACACCUCUGCUGAAUCCACUGAUCUACAGCUUGAGAAACAGUGAGAUGAAGAAAGCUUUGAUGAAACUGUGGGGCAGAAAAGUGGAUUCACACCCAUUCUGAUAGUACUGAGAAGCCAUGUGAUACUUGGUCACUGUUUGACAGAACUCU